CUGCAGCCGGGAUUGGAGCCGGAGCGGGGCCGCAGCCGCAGCCGGGGCCAUGCUCAGGGUGUUACGGGCCGGGCUGGCCCCCGGCCGCCCGCGGCACAUCCAGCUCCUGCUGACCUCAUGCCGGCACUGCUCCUCGGGGGUCCUUCCCAACGAGAGGAUCAGGAACAUCGGCAUCUCGGCUCACAUCGACUCCGGCAAGACCACGCUGACGGAGCGGAUCCUGUUCUACACGGGCAGGAUCGCGCAGAUGCACGAGGUGAAAGGUAAGGAUGGAGUUGGAGCCGUCAUGGACUCCAUGGAGCUGGAGCGACAGCGGGGCAUCACCAUCCAGUCUGCAGCCACUUACACCAUGUGGAAGGACACCAACAUCAACAUCAUCGACACGCCAGGCCAUGUGGACUUUACCAUUGAAGUGGAGAGGUCUCUGAGGGUGCUGGAUGGAGCCAUCCUGGUUCUCUGUGCCGUGGGAGGUGUGCAGUGCCAGACCAUCACUGUCAACAGGCAGAUGAAGCGUUACAACGUCCCCUUCCUCACCUUCAUCAACAAACUGGACAGGAUGGGCUCCAACCCGGCCAGAGCAGUGCAGCAGCUCAGAUCCAAGUUGAAACACAAUGCAGCUUUUGUUCAGAUUCCAAUUGGGCUGGAAGGAAACUUUAAAGGAAUUAUAGAUCUCAUUGAAGAAAAAGCAAUCUAUUUUGAUGGGGCACUUGGGCAGACCGUGCGGGUGGAGGAGAUCCCGGCGGAGCUGCGGGCAGAGGCGGCCGAGCGGCGCCGGGAGCUCAUCGAGUGCGUGGCCGAUGCUGAUGAGCUGCUGGGGGAGCUGUUCCUGGAGGAGAAGAUUCCCACAGCUGCACAGUUAAAGCUGGCAAUCAGGAGGGCAACGCUGCAGAAAUCCUUCACCCCUGUCCUCGUGGGAAGUGCUCUGAAGAACAAAGGGGUGCAGCCACUGCUGGAUGCUGUCCUGGAAUACCUUCCCAACCCUUCUGAGGUGGAGAACUACGCCCUCCUCAACCAGGGGGAUUCUCAGGACCAAACCAAGUUCCUGUUGAACUCUGCUCGUGACGAUUCCCAGCCUUUUAUUGGCCUUGCCUUCAAGCUGGAGGCUGGCAAGUUUGGGCAGUUAACCUACGUCAGGGUGUACCAGGGGAUGCUGAAGAAGUCAGAUUACAUCUACAACACCCGCACGGGCAAGAAGGUCAGGGUGCAGAGACUGGUCCGGAUGCACUCGGACACCAUGGAGGAUGUCAGUGAAGUUUAUGCUGGGGACAUCUGUGCCCUGUUUGGGAUCGACUGUGCCAGCGGGGACACGUUCACGGAUAAAACCAGCACUGACAUCUCCAUGGAAUCCAUCCACGUCCCUGAUCCUGUCAUUUCUGUGGCUAUGAAGCCUUCCAACAAGAAUGACCUGGAUAAGUUUUCCAAAGGCCUGGGCCGCUUCACCAGGGAAGAUCCCACCUUCAGGGUGCACUUUGAUGAGGAGAGCAAGGAGACCAUUGUGUCUGGCAUGGGGGAGCUGCACCUGGAGAUCUAUGCCCAGAGGAUGGAGAGGGAAUAUGGCUGUCCUUGCACCAUGGGGAAGCCCAAAGUGUCCUUCAGGGAGAACAUCUGUGCCCCUGUGCCGUUUGAGUUCACCCACAAGAAGCAGUCGGGAGGAGCCGGCCAGUACGGCAAAGUGAUCGGAGUGCUGGAGCCCCUGGAGCCAGAGGACUUCACCAAACUGGAGUUUGAGGACAGAACCAUUGGCACAAAUAUUCCCAAGCAGUUUGUGCCCGCUGUGGAAAAGGGGUUCAGAGAUGCCUGUGAGAAGGGUCUGCUCUCGGGACACCGCAUCUCCGGCGUGCGCUUCGUGCUGGAGGACGGCGCCCACCACAUGGUGGACUCCAACGAGAUCUCCUUCAUCAGGGCAGGAGAGGGAGCCCUCAAACAAGCCAUGGAGAACGCUGCCGUGCGCAUCCUGGAGCCCAUCAUGGCCGUGGAGGUGGUGGCUCCCGUGGAGUUCCAGGGGGCAGUGAUAGCCGGCAUCAACCGGCGCCACGGCGUCAUCACGGGCCAGGACGGCUCCGAGGGCUACUUCACCCUCUAUGCUGAGGUGCCACUGAACGAUAUGUUUGGAUAUGCCACAGAGCUGAGGUCUUGCACAGAGGGAAAAGGGGAAUACACCAUGGAAUACUCCAAAUACCACCCCUGUUCAGCCAGCACCCAGGAGGAAAUCAUCAACAAAUACCUGGAAGCAACGGGGAGACUUCCUGCCAAAAAGGGCAAAGCCAAGAGCUGAUGGGGUUCCUCUGGAGCCCACUGACAGUCUGUCCCAGCCUUCUCCAACUUGCUUUUCCAAGCCAUGGAGCAGCCCAGGCUGGCUGGGUAAGGUGGGCUUCAGUGGGAUUUGGACUUGGAAUUUUAUCAUGGAACCUUUCCUCUGGGCUGGUGUCAGCAGCACCAGGGGAUCACCACGGGAUUGCUCUGUGUAAAUGCUCUUGGAACAAAUAGAUGUUAAAACACGGCUGAUGAUUUGUCUUAAUCAAGAUCUAUUAAAAUUAUUUUAUUUUUUA